UUGAAAGCGCAACCUUUACAACCAGCAUCAGAUAAAAUAAAAUAUCCACGUCCAUCUGUUUCUGCUCUUCAGUUCUGUUUCCCGCUAGGAGAAGAUUUUAGGGCAGGUGUGAGUUUGUGAAGUUAGUUCCUUGGCGGUGGGCGCGUUAUACCUUACUGCAACGAUGUGCGGCAUAUUCGCCUAUCUCAAUUUUCUCCUGCCUCAAGAUCGCAAAUACAUCCUGCGAGUAUUAGUGGAUGGUUUGAGACGAUUAGAAUAUCGUGGAUAUGACUCGGCUGGAGUAGCCGUGGAUAGUGCUGUGGACGAGAAAACGGAAAGGCGUCAAAUCCAUCUCUUGAAACAGCGUGGCAAAGUGCAAGCCUUGAAGGAUAUGAUCGAUGCGUGCACCGACUUGGAUUUCAAUGAAAAGUUGACAACGCACGUGGGUAUUGCACACACACGCUGGGCCACCCAUGGUGAGCCAAGUCCGCAGAACAGCCAUCCACAGCGCAGCGACACCGAGAACGAGUUUGUUGUGAUUCACAACGGCAUCAUCACGAAUUUCAAAGUGCUGAAGCAAUUCUUGCAGAACAAGGGCUACGUGUUUGAGUCUGAGACAGAUACAGAGGUGAUUCCUAAGCUGCUCAAGUACAUCCACGACACAACCGAGGAGAAACUGGAGUUCUGGCAGUUGGUCGAGCGUGUCACCCUGCAGCUGGAGGGUGCAUUUGCACUGGCCGUAAAGAGUCGACGAUUUCCCGACGGACUGGUGUGUACGCGACGCGGCAGCCCCUUGCUGGUGGGUGUGCGCAGUAGCAGUGAAGUGAGCACAGAUCGUGUACCUGUGGUGUACAGCUGUGAUGCUGUGGAUAACAAACAAGCACAGCAGCAGCCUGGUGAUGAGCACAUCCAGGUUGGGCGACAUCCUGGUAUCACGACGUACGCUCCGGACGGCAAGCAGACACCGAUCGAGUAUUUCUUUGCCUCCGACCCGAGUGCGGUCAUCGAGCACACAAAGCGCGUCAUUUACCUGGAGGACGAUGACAUUGCUGCGGUGACCGAUGGCUGCUUGAGUAUCCACCGCCAUGAGCGGAUCGAUGAAGACGAGAAUAUGGUCCGAUCCGUGCACACGCUCAAGAUGGAGCUGCAGCAGAUCAUGAAAGGCAAUUUCGACGCGUUCAUGCAGAAGGAGAUCUUUGAGCAGCCGGAAAGUGUCGUCAACACCAUGCGUGGCCGUAUCAACUUUGCAGAGAAUAAGGUCACCCUCGGUGGACUGUCAUCGCACCUGAACGAGAUCCGUCGCUCGCGUCGCUUGAUCUUCAUAGCGUGCGGUACAAGCUACCACAGUGCAAUGGCGACCAGGCAACUUCUGGAAGAGCUGACGGAGCUGCCCGUGAUGAUUGAGCUGGCUAGUGACUUCCUGGACAGGAGUACGCCGAUAUUCCGGGACGAUGUCUGCUUCUUCGUGUCUCAGUCGGGUGAGACAGCAGACACUCUGCUUGCAUUGAAGUACUGCAAAGGUCGCGGUGCAUUGUGCGUAGGCAUCACCAACACAGUCGGUAGCUCUAUCUCUCGCAUGACCACCUGUGGUGUGCACAUCAAUGCUGGUCCUGAGAUCGGUGUAGCCAGCACCAAGGCCUACACCAGCCAGUUUGUAUCUCUGGUCCUGUUUGCUCUCAUGAUGUGCGAGGAUCGGGUCAGCCUGCAGCCUCGCCGUCAGGCAAUCAUUGAAGGCCUACGCCAGCUACCUGACCUAAUCAAAGAGGUACUAAAGCUCGACUCCAGUAUCAAAGCCUUGUCGGCUGAGCUGAUUGACGAGAAGAGCUUGCUGAUGAUGGGUCGCGGCUACAACUUUGCUACUUGCCUGGAGGGCGCUCUGAAGGUGAAGGAAGUUGCGUACAUGCAUUCUGAAGGCAUCAUGGCAGGUGAGCUGAAGCAUGGUCCUCUAGCUCUGGUCGACUCCAAUAUGCCGGUACUGAUGAUCUGUGUUCGAGACGGUACCUACACCAAGGUUCAGAAUGCCCUGCAGCAGGUCCUGGCACGCUCUGGACGUCCCAUUGUCAUCUGUCAGGAUGACGAUGACGAGAUCACCAAGCUCAACGUUGGCCGUCAGCUGCGCAUCCCGCAUUGUGUGGAUUGCCUCACCGGUAUCCUGUCAGUCAUUCCGCUGCAGUUGCUCUCCUUUCAUCUGGCCCGGGCGCGGGGCUAUGAUGUAGAUUGCCCUCGCAAUCUUGCCAAGUCGGUCACUGUCGAAUAGAGUGUCUCUUGCCAAGUCGGUCACUGUCGAAUAGAGUGUCUCUUGCCAAGUCGGUCACUGUCGAAUAGAGUGUACGAAUACGUGCAGUGAUGAGGCCAGUGUCCAUUUGCUCAUCGUCUCUCCAUGGUAUGUUUAGACACAUUUAGUGUGGGGUGCAGCAUCAAACUUGUUUUCAAGUUUUGAAAUUAUUCUUCUACAAGCUAGCAGCUACCAAGUAGACCGGCACACGUGCAGUGUAUUGUUUUGUGCUACUUCAUGUUAUGUGUCCCAGUACAUCACAUACUCUGUGCAUCCUAGGGUAUCACACACUCUGUGUGUCCUACUGUAUCACAUACUCUACAUGGACGCUUUGGUCUAUUCUGUGAGUGGACAAAGAGGAGACUCUGCUGCCAUGUGUCUAUUUCAAAUGCACUGUACAUUAUUUUAAUCUUAGCCCGUUGCUAUCAUUUACAAUGGAUAUUUCACUCUAGGUACAUGUAAGCCCGGAUUACAUGAUUCAUUCAACUUUUCACAUUUGAAUUUACCCUGUAUUCUCCACGCAAUAAUGUAAUCUCUACUCACAGAAUUCGUUAUAAUAUAUUUCUAAAACAGCUGUGGAUUAGGACCACAGCUCUGCAGUGUUGUCGUUUUAUGAUCUUCUCUCUACACUGCACUGCUAGUAUAAAGCUGUUACCGGUAUGCUGUAGUACUCAUUGCCAGUGUUUUGUGCUUAGAUAUUGUGUCGGUGUUCUAGAUCAAGUACUCUACAACAACUAAUAAUAUUAGUAACUUCGUGUAUUAUUGAAUACCAGAGAUAGCUGGAAAACUUUUUUCAAUGUUUUCCUCCAAAACAGCAAACAA